AUGGUGAUGGCACUUUCUCUCUCUUACAGUCGCCCAACUGCUAUAAAUACCUUCCUUCUCAACGCCAUUUUCAAACCACGCUUCAACACCACUUAUCAACACAGAUCUUCAUUUUCUUCACUCAAUCAAGUUGGUGCUUGCAGGGUAAGUGAGGCUGAAGCCAAGCAGAAGAAGAAAAAAGUACCAGCAGAGGGAAAAAUGACGAUCAAGCCGGCCGUCCGGAUCUCCUCCGAGCGGAAUCUGGUGGUGAAGGACCAGACGAUCCUUGUGGGCGUGCCGGAGAACGUAAUCGCGACCUCCGGUGCGGGUGAGGGCCCAGCGGAGGGUGUCUUCCUCGGGGCGGUGCUCAACCAGGAGGGCAGCAGCCACGUUGUCCCGCUUGGGACCCUGCGGGAGGUCCGUUUCCUUGCCUGCUUCCGGUUCAAGCUGUGGUGGAUGGCCCAGCGAAUGGGGAACAGUGGCCGCGACAUCCCCUUGGAAACCCAGUUCAUCCUGGUGGAGAGCAAGGACGAUGUGUACACGGUGUUCCUCCCCAUGGUGGAGGGCCCGUUCAAGGCACUGACGGGGAUCAAGGAGAACGCCAAGUUCCAGAAGAAGGAUGAGGGGAUCAACAACAUAGUAAGGAUAGCAAAGGAGAAGUACGCACUCAAGUACGUGUACGUGUGGCACGCCAUCACAGGGUACUGGGGGGGAGUGAGGCCCGGAGAAGAAUACAAGUCGGCCAUGCAGUAUCCCAAGUUGUCCAAAGGCGUGAUGGAAAAUGAGCCUGGGUGGAAGACGGACGCAAUAGCUGUUGAGGGCCUGGGUCUUGUGAAUCCCAAGAAUGUGUACCAGUUUUACAAUGAGUUGCAUAGCUACCUGGCAUCGGCUGAGGUGGAUGGGGUGAAGGUGGACGUGCAGUGUAUACUGGAGACACUUGGGGCAGGGCUGGGGGGAAGAGUCCAGCUCACCACCCAGUAUCAUCAGGCGCUUGAUGCAUCUAUUGCCAGGAACUUCCCCGAUAACGGCUGCAUCGCGUGCAUGAGCCACAACCUUGAGUCACUUUACUGCUCGAAACAAACUGCUAUUGUGAGGGCAUCAGAUGAUUUCUAUCCACGAGAUCCCAUGUCGCACACUAUCCACAUAGCUGCCGUUGCCUAUAACAGCAUCUUCCUUGGAGAAAUAAUGCUGCCUGAUUGGGACAUGUUCCAUUCUCUCCAUCCGGCGGCCGAGUACCACGGGUCGGCCAGGGCUAUUAGUGGUGGGCCUGUCUAUGUCAGUGAUGCCCCAGGGAAGCACAACUUUGAUCUCCUGAGAAAGCUUGUCCUGCCAGAUGGUUCCAUUCUCCGGGCCCGCCUUCCUGGUCGACCCACUAAGGACUGCCUAUUCUCUGACCCUGCCCGUGAUGGCGUUAGCCUUUUGAAGAUAUGGAAUAUGAACAAAUAUACGGGCGUGGUGGGAGUGUACAAUUGCCAGGGUGCCGCGUGGAACAGGGUUGAGAGGAAGAACACUUUCCACGAGACGAAAUCAGAGGCCAUCUCGGGCUACGUGAGGGGCACAGAUGCCCACCUCAUCCGGGACGUGUCCCUCGACCCUGAAUGGAACGGCAGCGUGGCUCUCUACUCCCACAGAGACUCGCGGGUCAUCGUGUUGCCGCACGAUGCCGCCUUGCCGGUGUCUCUGAAGGUGUUGGAGCAUGAGAUUUUCACGGUCACGCCAGUCAGGGCUUGUGGGCCCGGGCUCGGGUUUGCUCCGUUUGGGCUCAUCGACAUGUUCAAUGCUGGUGGGGCAAUCGAGGGGCUCCGUUACGAUGUGCAGACUAAAAAAGAGGCUGCUGCGGUUGUCUCAAUAGAGGUGAAGGGAUGUGGACGUUUUGGCGCUUACUCGUCAACUAGGCCUAGGAAAUGUACUGUCGGAGGUGAUGAGGUUGAGGUUGAGUAUGAAGUGGGUUCGGGCUUGGUGACUCUUGACUUGCUCGAGAUGCCUCCGGAGGACAAGAGACUCCAUAGCGUAGUGAUUGAGUUGUGA